UUUUCUUGCGUGUCGAACAAUACAAAUAAAACAACAAGCAACAGUUCUGCGAAGCUUAAUUCUUUUCGCUUGGGGUUGUUUUAUUAAGUUCACUUGGGGAGAGCAACCUGCUGCCGUGUGAUUUGGUCAUCACCUUUGUGAUGCGGUGCAGCCUGUGCAGCGCGCCCCUCCGCUCCUCCUUUCUAUAUAGUACACAGCGGGACACUCCGCAGUUCGCUCAUCCCGCUCCUUCCCCUUGCCUUCUUUUUACGCGCUCGACGUCUCUGCAUAGACAGCGCUUGAGAGAGAGCCACUCUUCUCCAGAGCUUUUUAGGUGCUGGAAAGGCGCAGGGCACUCAGCGUUCCGAUGGCGAAGCGGUCCAUGUGGUCGUUCAUAGAGAAGGAUUAAAACCUUUUUUUUUCUUCUUUCUUUCUUUCUUUUUGUUUUCCCUCCCUCCACCUCUUUCUCUAUCAGUGUGUGUUUUCUCUUCACACUAAUUUUCCACAUAAUGUGGGACGCGCGUUGUGUGCGCGGAGUGCUCCCCUCAGUCGUAUCCGCCUAACUGAAGGGGGGGAUCCCGGCUCGUUUUUCCACCUCUGCUCCCUUAGGACACAGAGGAGUUUGCAUGAAAAGGCUGGUUUACAGCGGCAAGCCAUGGAGGGACUUGCAUAAAGAGGAUCCAACUUAAGUCAAAAGUUUCUUACUUUUUUCCCUAGUUUUAGUCUUCGCCAGUUGUAAGAUCUUCCAAGAAGUUUCCAAUUUCAUUAUCAUGGCUGAGAAGCUUGGACCGGCGGGGCCUAAACCCAACAAUGUCCGAACUGCCCCACCACUGCCCCCCGAGCCCAUUGAGAUCAUCCGCACCAAAGCCAGAUCGCGCAGGGUCCGCCUUAAUGUUGGGGGUCUGAACCACGAGGUCUUGUGGCGGACCCUCGAUCGCCUGCCCAGGACCCGGCUUGGCAAGCUCCGGGACUGCAACACCCAUGAGUCCCUCAUGGAGAUCUGCGACGACUACAGCCUGAGUGAGAAUGAAUACUUCUUUGACCGGCACCCGGGGGCCUUCACCUCCAUCCUGAACUUCUACCGCACGGGCAAGCUGCACAUGAUGGAGGAAAUGUGCGCCCUCUCGUUUGGCCAAGAGCUGGACUACUGGGGGAUCGACGAGAUCUACCUGGAGUCCUGUUGCCAGGCCCGCUACCACCAGAAGAAGGAGCAGAUGAACGAGGAGCUGCGGAGGGAGGCUGAGACUAUGAGGGAACGAGAGGGAGAAGGAGAGUUUGAUAACACCUGCUGCCCGGAGAAGAGGAGGAAACUGUGGGAUCUCCUGGAGAAGCCCAGCUCUUCAGUGGCUGCCAAGGUAAGAAUCCAAGACUAGAAAGUGAGAUUGUACCGCCUGAGUCUCACAUUUCCUGCUCACAAUCAAAGCCAAACACUCUGGUUGCAUAAUAACACAUUGCAGGCAUGCUUGUUAAAGACCAACUCCCACGUGCGCUUCAAAACAUGCUCAUGAGUUCAUCAGCUUGAAUCUGAUAUGGUCAGUAGAAACAGUGGCUAAGAUGAAACGGUGAAGCUUUUAUGAGUUUAUGACUAAAUGCAGAAGGCCAAAAAAUAUUUUCGUGACAUUCAACUUAAUUUUUUGUCCUUCAUAAGAAGAGAUUCAUGUUUUUCUUCUCAUGCGACAUUGUUUUGAGUCAGUCUUAGUGGCUGGAUGGUAGAACAGGAUUUUCACAGGUAUAUUAUUGCCGUUCUAAGCAUUUAUUUGAGUUAAAUUAUAUGAUUUUAUUCAAAACCAAGGUUCUCUGUCUACGAGACUGUUGUGUUAGUUGGUUCAGUUUUCAUUUCAUUUUAAAAUUCUCUUCCUAUUGAAAGAAUCUUUAAUUUGAUACAUCAGUUCUAAUUAAAAAAACAGUUAUUGAAAGUAGACUUACCUUCUUAAAAUACCGUACUGAGGAUUGCUUAUAUACCAUUAUAAUCACCAGUUUUGUGUUUGCAUGUGAAAGUCAGAAACUGUGUGACUACAACACCAUCACCCUAAGAACUGUACCUCAUAAGAAAAAAAACAUGCUGCAAGUUUUCUUUCCUUUUUGAUAGAUUACUGUCUCCAUUUUAUUUUUGCAAUUUAUUACUGAACUCACUAAGUGCAUCAGAAACCAAGAUUUGCCAUUGUGCAGGAUGGAAAAACUGAUUGUUCAGUUUGAUGCAUUUAUUGAACAAGAAAAAAAAAAGACCAAUUAUGGGGGGCUUUAUGUGUUACUGGUCAAUGCAUUUUGUGUACAUCUCUAUUUAAACUGUAAGUGAAAACGCAGCCAGCCUACAUAGAAUAAUAAAGCAGAUUGUAUUCUGU